AUGGCACCCCAACAAGCAAAAGUAUUUUCGGCAAACGGAUCUAUUCCUUCACCAAAAGAAUUUGAAGGAAAAGGUAAACUAAAAUUGUCGGGAAGAAUCCUUAAUGUGAUGACCUCAUUACCCUUGCAAAUUAUAAGUGAUUAUGACAAUAAGAACGGAGAGUAUUAUUGGGACGUUGAAGCUGUACGUGGUAAUUCAGCAUUGUACUCGUCACAAAACUUUCUUGCUGAGAACAAAGAAUGGGAGACACAUUUGAUUGCCUGGACCGGGGAAUUGAUAAAUAAAAAGAAAGAUACCAGUUUAUUAACUGCAGACACAUUGCAAGACGACCCGUUGUAUUUGGAUGAGGAGGAUAAACUGAAGAUCGAGAAGAAAUUAUGUGACGCCAGUGGCACUCCAAACAUUCAUCCGGUGUGGUUAUUAAGACGUGACCAGGGAAGGUGGAGAAAAUACGCAGAGAAUGUCUUGUGGCCAGUAUUCCAUUAUAUUCAGGGACAACCAUCUGACGGUAAAGCUGAAACCGAUGCUUGGUAUGAUUAUGUCAAGUUUAACGAAGCAUAUUUGAAUAAGAUCAAGUCAGUUUAUAAGCCAGGGGACAUUAUCUGGAUACAUGACUACUACUUGUUGUUGUUGCCCCAGUUAUUGAGAAUGGAGUUCCCAAAUGCAUAUAUCGGGUUUUUCCUUCAUGUUCCUUUCCCAUCCUCGGAGUACUUUAGGUGCAUUUCCAAGAGAUCACAAUUGUUGGAUGGUAUGUUAGGGGCUGACAAGAUUGGUUUCCAGUCGGACUCCUUCCAAAGACACUUUAUUUCUUGCUGUGCUCGUGUUUUGGGCUGUGAAGUCAACAGAGAUUCUGUUUCUGCAUACGGUACAACAAUUUCGGUUGAGACGUUGCCAAUUGGUAUCGAUACUGAAAAAAUUGAGCACGAUGCGUUUUCCAAGAACCUUGGGGUUGAGGAGAAGGUGCAAGCACUCAAACAGGUCUACAAAGGCAAGAAGCUUAUUAUUGGUCGAGAUAGAUUGGACAAAGUGAGAGGGGUUAUACAGAAAUUAGAAGGGUUUGAGAUCUUUUUGGAUAUGUAUCCGGAAUGGAGAGAAACAGUUGUCUUGAUUCAAGUUUCAAGUCCAGGCUACUCACACUCUGCUAACGUCGAAACAAGAGUUACAGAGAUAAUUUCUCGUAUCAAUUCCAAAUACGGUAACCUCAACCACACUCCUGUUUUGCAUUACCAGAUGAGAGUUGCCAAAGAAGAAUAUUUAGCAUUGUUACGAGUAGCAGAUUUGGCAUUGAUUACAUCUGUUAGAGAUGGUAUGAAUACGACUUCAUUAGAGUUUGUUAUUUGUCAGAAAUAUAAUAACUCGCCUUUGAUUUUGUCGGAAUUCACGGGUACAGCCACAGUGUUGAAAGAUGCUAUUAUGGUCAAUCCGUGGGAUUCUGUGGGUGUGGCAAAGACUAUUAAUGAUGCAUUGAUGUUAUCUAUGAAGGAGAAGGUUUCUUUAGAAUCAAAAUUAUAUGAGAAGGUCAUUUCAAACACCGUUCAAAAUUGGACAUCCACAUUCAUUUGUGAUAUUCUUGCUCAUUCAAUUGUCACACACACUAACAGUUACACCCCUGCAUUAAAUAGACCUUUAUUAUUAAAUAACUACGAUGAGUCUGAAAGAAGGUUAUUUUUGUUUGACUAUGAUGGGACUUUGACUCCCAUUGUCCAGGAUCCUGCAGCAGCUAUCCCAUCAGAUAAAUUGAAUCGUAUUUUGGAUGUUUUAUCGUCAGAUCCAAAGAAUCAGAUUUGGAUCAUAUCCGGUAGAGACCAAGCAUUUUUGGAGAAGUGGAUGGGAAACAAGAAUGUGGGUUUGUCGGCAGAGCACGGAUGCUUUAUGAAAGACAUUGGUUCCAAGGAAUGGGUAAACCUAGCAGCAUCAUUUGACAUGUCUUGGCAAGAGAAAGUCGAUGAUAUUUUCAAGUACUACACUGAGAAAACACCGGGAUCAAAUAUUGAACGUAAAAAGGUAGCAUUAACUUGGCAUUAUCGUCGUGCUGAUCCUGACUUGGGUAAUUUUCAAGCAGAAAAGUGUAUGAAAGAAUUAAAUGAUACAGUAGCCAGGGAAUAUGAUGUUGAGGUGAUGGCUGGAAAAGCAAAUAUUGAAGUAAGACCGAAAUUCGUCAACAAAGGUGAAAUUGUCAAACGAUUAGUUUUGCAUCCGCAUGGAGCCAAACAGGAUAAGCACCCCUCUGGACAUUGUACAAAAGAUAUACCAAUUGAUCAAUUACCUGAUUUUAUGUUGUGUUUGGGAGAUGAUUUAACCGAUGAGGACAUGUUCAAGUCGUUGAUUGAAAUUAACAAGAAAUGGACAAAUGACAACCGUCCAACUAACAAGUUUGGGUCUUAUGGUGUUUAUCCGGUUGCUGUUGGUCCUGCAUCAAAGAAAACAGUGGCAAUUGCUCAUUUGAAUGAGCCUCGCCAGGUGUUAGAAACCUUGGGUUUGUUGGCGGGAUUGGUAUCUAUAUUUGAAAGUGCAGGUACAGUUGAUUUGGAUGAUCGUGGUCACCUCGCCAAUAGUGUGUCUUCUGAAAGAUCAAAACAUGCUGUAUCCAAGGCAGUAUCGUUGCGUAAAAAAGCCAGUCAAGAAAAAGAAAUAGUAAAAGAAGCUCCUACUAAUGGUGCAAAGUGA